GGGCGGCGGCGGCCCCCGGCGAAGCGCCCUUUUGUUCGCCGCAACCCGGAGAGGCGGCGACCCGCCCGGUCCCCGGAGCCGGCGGGGCCCUGCGGAGCGCGGCUGGGCGUGGCGGGCGGGCGGACAGACAGACUGCCAGACAGCCAGACAGACAGCCAGCCGGGCGCUUGUCCGCCGCCGAGCACCGCUCCGCCGGUAUGUCGAGGAACUUGCUAGAACUGAGUUUGACAAUGAAGCCGUAGCGCAGCCCUCCCGCCGCGCCGCCGAGGAGCUUGUGAUGUCAUCAGCUGAAGCGAAAACAUCUACCUCAUGACCUGGCAUGAUGCGUCAGGAUGAAACGCCACAGGCAUCUAAGCACCAGUGACAGUUCAGACAAUGAGAGUCCUUCCACUUCCUUUUCUUCUUGUUCUAAAUACAGGAGCAAGUCAAAAACACCAGCAAAUGAACAAAAGAAACCUGCUGAGGUGUUCCGCAAGGAUCUCAUUAGUGCCAUGAAACUACCAGAUUCUCACCAUGUCAACCCUGAUGAAUAUUAUAUCUUUGCGGACACGUGGAAGCAGGAAUGGGAGAAAGGGGUUCAAGUUCCAGCCAGUCCAGAAACUAUUCCACAGCCUUCUCUCAGGGUUGUAGCAGAAAAGGUGAAAGAAGUACUGUAUACACGACCCAGGAAAUACAUCCACUGUUCCAGCCAAGAGCCCACAGAACCAGGUUACAUCAACAUUUUGGAACUGGCAGAAUCUGUGUGUCGCUAUGACUUGGAUGACAUGGACAUCUUUUGGCUUCAGGAGCUAAACGAGGAGCUUACAGAAAUGGGAUGUGGGCCCCUGGAUGAAAACACAAUGGAAAAGACAAUUGAAGUGCUGGAACGGCACUGUCAUGAGAACAUGAAUCACGCUAUUGAGACUGAAGAAGGAUUGGGUAUUGAAUAUGAUGAAGAUGUCAUCUGUGACGUGUGCCGGUCCCCUGACAGUGAAGAUGGGAAUGACAUGGUGUUUUGUGACAAGUGUAAUAUCUGUGUUCAUCAGGCGUGCUAUGGAAUCUUAAAAGUACCCGAAGGGAGCUGGUUGUGUCGUACCUGUGUCCUGGGAAUACAUCCUCAGUGCCUCCUGUGUCCCAAAAGAGGAGGUGCCAUGAAAGCCACCAGGACAGGGACCAAGUGGGCACAUGUGAGCUGUGCUCUCUGGAUUCCAGAGGUUAGUAUUGCUUGUCCAGAAAGGAUGGAGCCAAUCACAAAGGUGUCUCACAUUCCACCAAGUCGGUGGGCUCUAGUGUGUAGUUUAUGCAAACUGAAAACUGGUGCUUGCAUUCAGUGCUCUGUGAAAAGCUGCAUCACUGCCUUUCAUGUCACCUGUGCCUUUGAGCAUAGCUUAGAGAUGAAGACUAUCCUGGACGAUGGGGAUGAGGUCAAAUUCAAGUCCUAUUGUCUAAAGCAUAGCAAGAACAAACAGAAUUCGCUGCCUGAUGUCGAUGAGCACCCCAAGAGUGUGUCAGACCAGAAGCAAACAGAGAGUGAGAAAACCAGUUUGCGAGCCCAAAAACUCCGAGAGCUGGAAGAAGAGUUUUACUCCCUAGUUAAAGUGGAGGAUGUUGCAGCAGAACUCGGCCUUCCUAAACUGGCUGUAGACUUCAUCUACAAUUACUGGAAAUUAAAGCGAAAAAGUAACUUUAACAAACCAUUGUUUCCUCCCAAGGAGGAUGAAGAAAAUGGCUUGGUGCAGCCAAAAGAAGAUAGCAUUCAUACUCGCAUGAGGAUGUUCAUGCAUUUGAGGCAGGACCUAGAGAGGGUAAGAAAUCUCUGCUACAUGGUAAGCAGAAGAGAGAAACUGAAGUUGUCCCACAGUAAAGUACAUGAACAGGUCUUCAAUUUGCAAGUCCAGCUCAUUAAUCAGGAAAUUGCUGCAGGCCAUACCCUGACAAGUGCACUAGAGAACACACUGUUCUACCCACCUCCCAGGAUCACCCUGAAGUUAAAAAUGCCCAAAUCAGCACUAGGAGAUUGCAAAAACAACUCGCUGAAGCCUGGCAACAGACCGCUUUCUCCCGACAACAGCAGCACCGUUUACAGCAAACGGAGCGUGCCGAUGUCAAAGGAACCGUUUGAAAUGAAAGCAAAAUCUUACUCCAGGUAUCAGCACGACAGCAGAAGUAACGGGUUGCUGGCGGGGAUCGGCAAGCCUCGGAGCGAGGCGAAGGAUUCUGGGCCCACGCCGAUGCCGGAGUUUUACCGGGGCCAGCCGUCCGGGAAGCCCUUAGCCCUCCAGGCUGCUUUGCACGGACAGUCUUCCAUUGGGAACGGGCGGGUGCAGCAGGAGAACUCGAGGCUGGCGGCCAAGUCCAACGGCCUGAUGGGCAGGGCUGGAGACGUGAGCCAGAGAGACAGCUCCAGCCAGACGCCCUACGAACAAGAGCCCGUGCUCAGCGCUCGCUUGGCCAGCCAGAGCGGUUUCAGAAAAUCCACCAUAGAACAUUUUAGCCGGUCUUUUAAAGAGGCUACCAACAGCCUGGUGAGGACCACCGAAGAUCUCCGGUGCUGUGAAAAGCCCACGAGAAGACUUGCAACAAAAGAUCGCUUGUGGAGCAAGCAGACGCUUGAAGGUGCUCCGUACCAGGACAACGACGGGUACUGUCCUGACUUAGAGCUGAGUGACUCUGAAGCAGAAAGCGAUGAAAACAAAGAGCAAGUGAGGUUAAGACGAAGCAGCUCAGAGAGAGAAAGCCCAAGUAAGGACUUCGGAAGAGAUUGUCACAAUAGAAACAAAAAGAAUAUGAUUUCUCACAGCUCGGUACAAAGGUGAUUAGAAGCCCCCACGGGGUAACUCAGCCUUUACCUAUUCCAGUGUACCAGUGCAAAGCUCGGCAUCAGAAGGUUCCAGAAAAUAGUCCAGGACCUACGUUAGGAAGAGUUGCAGUAGGGGAUGGGGGGGGGGAGGAGGGGAGAGAAAUCAGGAGCCGUUUUUGUUCAACUGUGAAUUGGCUUGCGGUCUUCGCGAGGUUAACUCGGUUUACGGCACAGUCAGGCGGAAAUCGGAAAUCGAUGCGGUUUCGUUAGCAGGCAACACCUGGGAGAGCACGGAGCGGUUACCCUUUGGGUAAAUUCAGGAAACUGCUCCCCCCCCCCCCCCCCUCCUUGCCAGUUUGUGUUGGGGGCAACGUGUUCAUGUUCAGCCUGGGGACGGCGGGCAGGUAGGAAAGAAGUCCUUGCAUUGCUCGUAAGGCGCUGCAAGAGACUGCAGACAGAGACACGCGCCGAAGCUGCUUUCUUAGGGCACCCGCAGUACGGAUUUAACCCAGCAACACGCUCGUGGACGCGUUAGGAAGGGAAGCGUGCAGAAAGUCCUGGUGGUUUUUGGUUUGUGUGUUGUUUUUUUUUUUUUUUUUUUUUUCCCCCCCUCCCCGGGAACGUUUGUGCUCUGCCGGGUCAGGCCCGGAGUGACUACUGAGCGACGAUCCUCUUCUGCGGGAGGCUCGGAACUGCAGUGGUGGUCGCAGGCUCCUCACCGAGGGUGCAGGCGGGCGUCGCCGGCGCUGCCAAACCCACUGACCUCUAGACGUGCCCCCCCCCCGGCCCCAUUCCCUGCUCUCGCUGAAGGUUGUGUUCCUUUUCACAAUAACUUGCUUAUUUUGUAAAUAUACAACUUCUAGUACUUCAGUUUUUUGUUUUUUUUUUUUAAUCUCUGUACAUAGCUGCUUGUUGUGGGAUGCACUUGUAAAUAUUUUACCCAGCUAACAAGUACAGAUGGCUAAUUUUGUGGAUAGUGUUUACAAAAGUAGAUGUACUACUUCAAAGAAAAAUGCUAUUUGACACUUAAAUUUAGGCAAUCACCGGUGAUGCCGGGUUCCUCUUAAAACUGAGAUUUCGUGUCCAGAGGUCUUUGUACCUGGUAUUUUUAAAAUAAACUGAGUUGGAAAUAAUUUUGUCUGAACUUUUUAUGCAGGCUCAAAUUUUCAAUCCUAGUUGCCUGAAUGCAGGCGUAGGAGCCUUACUUCUGGUAUCUAGGUCUGUAAAAUUUAGCCAGUCAUCAUUUUGGAGUAUGGUUUGGGUUUUUUGUUGGUUUUUUUUUUUUUUUAAAUUGCUGAAAAUCUGUUACUUUAUUAAGCUGCUUUUCAACCUCUGGAUCAGUUGCUGUUUCCCAAACUAACUCUUUUUUUUUUUUUUUGUACGUCCUUUAAAAUCAGCAGUUGUUGAGUAGCGAUUACAUUUCAGUCAGUACUGAGGAAGCGAGAAGGGAAAGGAACCAAUGAUGGGGGAUUUUUGUUUGAAUGCGAGCAAACGUCUGGUCUUCCAGCUGGUGGUGUGUUGAUCAACAAAGUAACUGCACUGUUUUUCUCUGAAAUGCUGUACAUUUCAUAAACACACAGCAUCCUCUGUCCCGGUAUCACUGGCUGAAACGGGCCGUGUUCCUCACCCAGCGUGAAGAUGACUAUGCAGAAUCCAAACAGCCACCCGUUUUUCUUCAUAAUCUUAAUUUAUUGCUUUUAGCUUGGGAAAUGGCAACGACACUUUUUUUAUCUGUUUUAGACUUUGAAAUCUCCCUAGUUGCAAUAGGACUAGCAGGUCAGGGGCUGGAGGACUUUUCAGUAGUGAAAUU